AGGGAGAAGUUUCGGUUGCCGGUUGUGGGGCAGGUGGUUGUUCAUUUGGAGGGGAUGGGGAUGGGGAUGACGCCUGGGUCGAGUCGGCGGAGCUCGGUGGUCAGUCCUUCUGCUGCUGCUGCUGCUGUUGUUGUCGAGAGGAAAGAGGAGGAUGCAGGAGAGGUGGUGUUGCGCCUCAGUUAUGUGGUUCCGGGGUCGUCGUGGUCGCCGCGGUAUGACCUGAGUAUCAACACGCCGGCGGCGGCCGCGAAGAUGGUGUAUCGGGCGGAGUUCUAUAAUGUCAGUUCGGAGACGUGGAGGGACGCCAAGGUGACGCUGUCGACGUCGCAGGCGUCGUUUGCCGGGCUGGGGGAGAAGAUCCCCUCGCUGCAGGCGUGGAGUGUGGUCGUGGACACGAUGGACAAGGGGGGCAGGGAGCAGACGUCGUGGGAGAAUAUCCUGAAGAGUGGAGCGGAGGUCAAGCCUGCACCAGUCCAGGCGAUUCAGCAGGCGACGACACGGCGCAGAACAGCGGCUUCGAAGCCUCUCUUUGGCCAGGCCACGGGAUCUGCUCAGUUUGCUCAGCCGGCUGCACCGGGGAGUUCCCCGGCAUUUGGACAGGCAGCCCCGUCUGGGAGUCUGUUUGGAGCGGCGGCGAGUCAACCCCCGAAUGGACAGGCGAGACCAAGUCUGUUUGGAGGAGCACCACCACAGAGCGUGAAUCCUUUCAGUAAUGCGCAGCCGGUGCAACAGACAGCAGCAGUUCAAGUCCAUUCUCAACCAGUGAUGAUGGCGAUGGCAAGACAACUUCCAACCCCGAACAGAGACGCGCCCGAAUCCGAAGACGACGACGAGGAGGACGACGCCGACGACGGUGCAGAUGAAGGACUCGCCGCACCGAGCCUGGAAGUUCAAGACUCCGUCAAACAGGACUACGGCCUGACAACGACAUACGAGCUCCCAGGCCGUCGGACCCUCGCACCCUCCAGCGUUGCCCGUCGCCACGUUCUAGCCGAACUAGACCUUCAAUCCAUGACGCUCGCAUACGUGAUCGUCCCCAAGCACCGAGCCGCAGCGUUCCUGCGGGCGGAGAUCAAGAACACCUCGAGCGUGAGCAUCCUGCGCGGAAAGGUGGGGAUGACGAUCGACGGGACGUUCCUGGGGGCGGCGCAGGUGCCGAGCUGCGCGCCCAAGGACUCGUUCACGCUGUCGCUGGGCGUGGAUCCAGCCAUCCAGGUGACGUAUGGCAAGCCGACAGUGCGGCGGGUGAGCGGCGGGUUCUUCAAUAAGGAGGAUGCGGCAGUGUUUCGGCGCGUGUGCUGGGUGAAGAAUACCAAGGCGAAUGCGGUGGAUGUGACGGUGCUGGAUCAGGUGCCUGUGAGUGAUGACGAGAGGCUGAAGGUGCAGAUUGUGGAGCCGAAGGGGCUGGAGAAGGAGGGCGAUGAGGUGAAAUUGACGCCGGAGAAGCCGGUGGACGGGACGGCGCGGUUGGGGCAGAAUGGCGAGGUCAAGUGGAUGGUUCGUCUGCAGCCGGGCAAGGAUGUCCGCUUGGUGCUGGAGUAUGGGGCUAAGGUGCCCGUUGGGACGGAGGUCAGUGUGGCUUGACUGCGCAUGGAUGUGAACUAGAAGCGGAGGAAGAUCGUUUCAAGAUGUCAGACUGGACUGUAUGGUUGCCGGGGGAUUGUCGUUUGGGUAUGAU